CGUACCUUACAAUCAAAGAGGUUCUCUAAACCUCUUUGCACACUACGAGAAUACCGACAUGGGGGAACCAUGUACUCCACUGUUAUGAAUCCAUUUCCAUGUUUUAAAACGUCCCUACACUGCCAUCGCCUGUCGAUGGACAGUGGGAACAGAAACAUUAUGGCUGCCAGUCUCUCCCUGACUCAGCUUUCAAGUGGAAACCCUGUCUAUGACAAAUACUAUCGACAGGUGGAUCCGUCAGGCAGUGGGCGGGUACCAGCAGCAGAUGCUGCCCUCUUCCUAAAGACAUCAGGCCUGGCAGACCUGGUCCUGGGGAAGAUAUGGGAUCUGUCAGAUUCCGAACGAAAAGGAUGCCUUAACAAACAGCAAUUUUUUGUUGCACUGCGAUUAGUGGCGUGUGCUCAGAAUGGGCUCGAAGUGGCACUGAAGAGUCUUAAUGCAGCCGUUCCUCCCCCGAAAUUUUAUGACACUAGUAGCCCCCUUCUGCCUGGAGGAGGGGCAGCCGACGGCCCAUGGGCAGUCAAGGCGGAGGAGAAGGUGAAAUUCGAUGCCAUCUUCGAGAGCCUCUCGCCCGUGGGGGGCAUGCUGUCGGGCGAUAAGGUCAAGCCUGUCCUGCUCAACUCCAAGCUGCCCGUGGACGUCCUAGGACGGGUGUGGGAGUUAAGCGACAUAGGCAAAGAUGGCAUGCUCGACAGAGAGGAGUUUGCAGUGGCCAUGUACCUGGUCUACAGAGCUCUGGAGAAGGUGCCGGUGCCCAUGUCUUUGCCCCCUGCGCUGGUGCCCCCGUCCAAGAGGAGGAAGUCCUCUACCUCCCCCCCGGUCGUGCCCCUCCUGCCCUCGCCGCCCACCCUCAAAGAGCCGCCCGCCCCCCAGGCUGCCCCCAAGACGUUGCCACCUCCACCUCCUGCUACCACGAUAACGGCACCACAGUGGGUUGUGCCCCUGUCAGAAAAGGCCAAGUAUGACGAGCUGUUCAGCAAGACAGACAGUGACCAGGACGGCCUGGUGUCAGGGCCUGAAGUCAGGGACAUCUUCCUCCGGACGGGACUGCCCUCCGCAACGCUGGCACGCAUAUGCAAAUAUGUACAGCAAACUACUGGAGGAUAUAGGCCUAGGCCAGGCAAGACGAGGCAAAGGGAGCUGUGUGACAUCGGGGACAUCGGUAAGCUGACCAGAGAGCAGUUUGCCCUGGCGCUGCACUUCAUCAACCAGAAGCUCAGCAAGGGCGCCGAGCCUCCACAGACCCUCACGCCUGAGAUGAUCCCCCCCUCUGACCGCAACACGCAGACCCCCACGCCAGCGUGCCUGGCUGCAGACUUCUCUGCCAUCAAGGAGCUGGACUCCCUCAGCAACGAGAUAGUCGACCUUCAGAGGGAGAAGAGCGCCGUGGAGCAGGAGAUCCGCGAGGCGGAGGAGAGCAUCCGCCAGAGGACCAGCGAGGUGCAGGACCUGCAGGAUGAAGUGGCCAAGGAGAGUGCGGAGCUGUCUCGGCUGCAGGGCCAGAGGCAGGAGGUGCAGGAGGCCUUGGAGAAGCUCGACGUCCAGAAGAACUCCCUGGACGAACAGCUGGCCCUCAUACGCACGCAGUGCAGCCAGGAAAACCAGAUGAUUGUGUCUCUGCAGGCGCAGCACAGCGAGAAGGAGCGCUGCAUCGGCGAGUGCGAGACGGAGCUGGGCCGGGCACGGGCCGAGCUGCAGCGGCUGCAGGAGGAGACCCAGCAGCUGGAGAGCAAGGUGGAGGCGGCGCGCGCCCAGCUGGACCCCCUCAGCCACAGCCUGCAGCAGUCACACACACAGGUCUCACAGGCCCAGGAGAAGUUGACUGAGCUGCAUAGGCAGGAUCGAGACGUGACGGCCCAGCUCAGCUGGAUGUCCCUGGUGGAGGACGACCCCGUGCCCAUCGCCACGCCCACCCUCAACCCAACGCCUACACCCGUCCUGGCCCCGGCGCCCACGCUCAACCUCACGCCCACGCCGAGGUCAACGCCCACCCCUACCCCUGUGCCUGUCCCUCUGGUGAACGGAGCAGCCGGAGGAAAGGAUGAACACGAGGAAGAAGAAGAGGAGGAGGAGGAGGAGGAGGUGAAGAGUGAAAAAACAGGACCCGACGAACCGCAGGAACUGCGUGUGGACGAAGAGGGGGAUAAGGAAGCAGCAGCAGUGGUGGAGGAGGAGAAGAAGGAUGAGGUGAAAAAGGAGGAGGAGAAGAAAGAGGAGGUGAAGAAGCAGGAGGAUGAGGAGGUAGAGCUGGAGUGGCCCAACAGCACCAAGAGUGCAGCAGAGCCCAGCCUGGACCCUCUGGAGGACCUCUACACCAGCGCUCGCAGCACGGCCACGGCCUGGCCAGAGGACGGCAACUCUGCCUGGCCAGCAGACGGCAACAACGCCGCCUGGCCAGAGGACACCAACGCUGCAUGGCCACCGGAUAGCACUGAGCCAAGCGUUCCCUCUGCUGCGGCCGUGGCAGAGGUGAAGGAAGAGGCGACGGCAGAGCUUCCCAGGGCCAGCACCCCCAAGCAGGGGGAGUCUCCUGUCCUAGAGCAGGCAGCAGGUGCACCCUCUCAACCAGAGGCACCAUCACCAUCACCACCAGCAGCAGCAGUUGAAGCAGCCUCCCCACCCACCACAGCUCCAGCAGCAGCAUUGGCUCCAUCAGCAUCCCCAGUGCCUCCAUCAGCCACACCACCUGCUGCUCCAGCACCAGCCUCAACAGCGCCACCUGCUGCUCCCACUCAGGACGCCGUCUCCAGCCUGGACUUCUUCCAGUCAGACCCCUUCUCCGACCAUGAUCCGUUUAAGGAUGACCCAUUCAGUAAAGUGGAUGUCUCUGAUCCCUUUGGCGGGGACCCGUUCAAGGGCAGCGACCCAUUUGCCUCGGACGCCUUCUUCAAGCAGAACCCCGCUGCCCAAUUCCCGCCAGCUGACCCGUUUGGGUCCUCCGACCCCUUCAGCAGCGGAACCAGCGGGGCACCCGAGUCCGACCCGUUCGCCUCCCAGCUCAACAACACUGCUGCCACUCCCACCGCCGCAGCCUCGGAUCCAUUCAGCUCCCAGCCCAGCAGCACUACCACGGCUGCCCCCCCCAGCGGCGCCACGGAUCCCUUCAGCGCAAAGGUCAACAACGUGGCAGACUCGGACCCGUUCGCCUCCAAAAUGGCCGCCCUCGGGGAGGUGGACCCCUUCAGCUCGCAGGGCGCCUCGGACCCCUUCGCCAGUACAUUGCCCGAUACUGAUGGGGUCAAGAAGGACCCGUCGUCACCAGCCAAUGAUCCGUUCGCCCCAGGAGGCACGGUAGUGAACACUGACUCUGACCCAGAUCCCUUUGCUGCAGUUUUUGGAAAUGAGUCAUUUGGAGGAGGCUUUGCUGACUUCAGUGCUCUGGCUAAGUCGAAUGGUGCUGACCCCUUUGCUGCGGCCAAUUCCUCAACCAACAAGAACCUGUUUAAGGAGGACAGCCUUUCCAGCAGUUCAGACACGCCACCAGCCCUGCCCCCCAAAACGGGCACGCCUACGAGACCGCCCCCGCCUCCUCCAGGAAAGCGGUCCAACGUGUCUCGGUCGGAGUCGUCGGACUCGUUCCACCGGCGGGGCUUCAUGACGGCCGGUGACUUUUCAUCGCUCCCGGCCAAAGACUCGGCGCCGGACCCUUUCGCCCCCUCCUCCCCCCGCCAGCCCCCGCGCCAGCCGGAAGGAUUUGCCAGCUUCGACAAAUACCCCACCACGGAAGAGGACAUGAUCGAGUGGGCGAAGCGAGAGAGCGAGCGUGAGGAGAAGGAGCGUCUGGCGCGCCUCACCCAGCAGGAGCAGGAGGACCUGGAGCUGGCCAUCGCACUCAGCAAAUCAGAACUGUCCUGAGACAGACCCUGCUCUGCCUGUACCUGCCCUGUCACGUCAUCCCUCUUUUCUUAACUUCCCCUUGCUCACUUUCACACUUUCUACAGGAAGAGCUGGAAGACAUGCAGGGGUAUGAGGAACGUUGCCCUCAGAAAGUCAGUUUGUCCUAACUGAGACACCCAGACUCUUACCUGCCCUGCCCUGCCAUGCCAUGUCACCACCCUCUUCCCCUACCUCCCCCUGCUCUUCCUCAUUCUCUGUAACUCUAUGUUCUCCAGUCUUCUAGUUUUGAAGAGUUGGAAGACAUGCAAAGACAUCAGGGCCACGAUCCUCAGCCAGUUGAACCUGUUCUGUGACUCCAUUAGGCAGGCUCAACGUCUACCCUGCCACAUCACCACCCCUUCCCUUUCCCUUUCCCUCUCCUCCCCUGAUUGCCGUCAGACCCCUAGCCCCCUACCCCCCUACCCUGUCGACAGGAUGAGCUGGAAGACGAGACACGCAGGGGUGUGUGGAACCUCAACCUCAGUCAGAGUUCUCUUGAGACUCCAAAGAGACAGACCCUACCCUACCCUGCCACUUCACUCCUCCAGCUCCUCUCCUUUUUAUGAGAGUACUGUAUGUUGUCCAGAUUUCCAUACUCAAGUCCAAGCUUUCUACAGGAAGUGGUAGAAGGCAUGCAGGGAUACGAAGACGGCUGUCCUGAGACCAGACCAGACAGACUUUCUCUUCUCUCCCAUAUCACUGUUCUCUUCACUUCACGUCUUCCCUCCACCCCCAUUGCUCCUCAUUCUGUAACCCUGUAAUGUUCUGAGUCCUCUGGACCCUGUACUCAACCUUCCCCCUUUGUGACGUUUUCCUUACUGCGGCAGACACAGGCUUUCUACUUGUAUUGGAAGAGCUGGAUGAAACAUGCAGGGAUAAUAAUGGCCAUUGUCCUCAGCAAGUCAGAGACCUGUCCUGAGUCCAGAUCCUACCACUGCAACAUCACAGCUCCUCUGCCUUCACUCCAUGCCCCUCCUGUCUCCCCAACCAAGCCCCUCUACUGUGGCAGCCACAGGGAAGAGCAGGGAGUACAAGGGCCUUUGCCCUUAUUGCGCUGGAGGUGUCCUGAUGCAAGACACUGCCUGAUUACAUUUACUAAUGGCGUCUCCUGCAGCUCCCCUACCAACGCUCCCCUUCUCUCCUCAGCCCACCACCACUAUUGGUUUGUGGGGCGACACCUGCACACUCGGCACGCACUCCAAGGGAAACGCAGUAGUGUGUAGUGGAGCGCAAGGGCAGUGGCACAAGGCAGGGCUCCAUACAUGUACACAGAUAAACAUUCACACAUGAACAAUCAAUCACUCACCGGCUGGACACUGCCCAAAGGAGGAGAAAGGGGAAGAAAUAGGUACACACAAGCACACUUGAGAAGCACCUCUGACUUUUGGCGUAGGCUGUCGGGAUGCUGCUCUACUCUCAAGGCAACACCAUAUUCCUUAUGCAUUAAAGGCAGUUUCCAACACUGUCAACCGACAGCCGCUUUUCCCUCUUGUGGCAUUUUGUUUUUGGUACUCAUCCUUACAUCUGGGAAGGAGACUGUGCAGAUCAACAGAAAGUCAAAUUUCUGCAAAAAAUCAGUAAGCAGGCUCCUUGCAAUUCUCUUUUGAUGGUAUUUUCUUGAGUAUGCUCUCUCAGUUGAUAUAAUCAUGUUUCAACCUUGCAGUCAAAGACUAUCAAAAUAGAAUUUCAAGGAGUAUGUCAAACUUCCUCCCCCAGAAACUCCUUACAAGCUUGUUUUUUCCCCCCUAAAAUAUCCACAAUCCUCUUUCCCCAUUCGCCAAAUCCUUCUAUUCUGUUGGUGCUUUAGGGAUUUCAGAGAACGAUAGACUGACCUUAAGUGGAGAUGUUAAAAGGGACUAUUUGCUUGAAACAUCCUUUGCUUCUAUUUUAUGACAAAAGACGUCAUCUUCUUUCUCGCCAUUGGAAGAGGAUGGCGUCUCCUGCUUCAUUUCAUUUAUCAGACUUGAUAGACUAUUAAGCUGUCGAAGGCACAUCUGAAAACAAAACGAAAAAACACAUUUGCUCUGUUUGCCCAUUUCAUGAAAUAUUUCUUGCAUGUUUCACCUGCUAUUUCUUUCAUCAUGGUCAUGCCAGGUUACACCCUGUGUACCCAAAUUUACAAUUAAUCUAAAACUAUAGAAUAUUUGGACGCAUACUCGUAGCUAUUCCCCCGGUCACAACAGGCUGUGAAGAGCAGUCUUUAAAGAAUCACAAUGUCCUUUAACAGCAGAGACGCCCUUGGGUCAUCUGCAUCUGGUCAGAAUAUAUCCUGUCAGUGCAGUUAUUUAAUCAGAAAAAGAAAGUUGUGCGGUUGAAAUGACAGGACAAAGAAAUUGCCUUAUCUAUGGCUCUAGUGGAUUGUAAUGUGAAGGCAUAUAUUUAAUCAUGCCUUAGAUUAAUUGUUUAUUUGUUAUUUACAUGAUUAACUGCUGACAUCUGUGUUCACUCGAGGCAAAGGUCUAUGGGCCAUUGGAAGCACGGUAGAAAAAUGUUGACGUGAGAUGUGUGGAAAGUGUCCCCUCCUCAGAUGCACUCUAACAUAUCACAUAAAAUCUCAUCAUUUGAAUGGUUUGGGCACCUAGUCAUAUUGAAUAUCGUUGACGUGUGAGAGCAUUGUCCAUAUAGCCUCUCUUCCAGGUUUAAACCGAGGACGUUCCGGUAUUCCAAAGAUGUACUCAAGUCUGACCUGACAAAAGAGCUGCAAAAUAUAAAUUAAGCUUUGUUGCCUUUCCAUAUUUGUCAAGACCAUUUCCUUGAACUGAAUUAGUUGAAUGCUGGGGAAGGUUGCUGUGACCUUAAAAGAAUUUUGCAUAACAAUGUUCUUCCCCCAUGUGAUGUAAAUUUGCAGGUCAAGCUAAGUUUUCUCAUGUUGAGACUAAUGUAUGAUGGUAAAUUUGAAUGUAGGAGCAUCAAUGUCAUUAGUCUACUUCACUACUACUACAUUUCAGGAAGAUCAUUCACAGAAACAUGAAUCACAACCGUUUGUUAACCAACUGCCAUAAUGGAAGUCACAGAGCACGGUCAUAUUAUUCUCAGACCUUGUAGACAUUUCCUGUACCAUCACUUCUAUUCAUGUUUCUCAUGCGCUGUGUAGUUCUGCUAUGAUUUAGCAUUAUGACCUUACAUUUGACUGCCCUCCUCUGGAAGAUUUUUUUUUUUCACCAGCAGGGGGUUCCAUUGCAAAGGAAAUGACCUGGGACAAAACAAAUGGGGGUGGGACUUUUUGUUUUAAAUUUUACAGCCCCAUGAAGAGAUCUUAUGCUCAGGUUAUGUAAUGGCCAUUUGGUUGUGUGGAUUGAGGUGCUGCGAUGAGUUGGACACAGUGGCUUGCCUUCUGUACAAUAAAUGCACUUUCAGAGAAGCCUUCAGCCUUUGUAGAGAUACACAGCCUGUGUUGGAUGAUGGAAACUGAGCAGUGACAAAGUUUGUGUUUUUUAUUUUGUUUUUUAAAAUGAUCUAGUGAAGUGUAUGAAGUGAUUUCACCCAGUCACCUGGAAGGGUGCGAUAAUCUGGGGUGGGGGGUGGGGGGCUCUAGCAUUCUGACUGAACAAAAAAAAAGUGAUGUCUCGCUUUUUUCAAACUUUGUCUCAGAAAGUCUGACCAUCAACUCUAAAAUGAUAUACCACCCUUGUGAGCACAAGAAAGUAUAUCACUUUAGUGAUGACUAAUACUCAAAUAGCCUGAAAGUUGCAUUAAAUUCUUAGACGCUAUUGAGGAUGAGGCUAUGGCGUGUGUGUGUGACAUACGUUUCAUGGUUCAAAAGCACAGUAAACUCUAAAAGGCCUCUUGUUAAAUAGCCUUGUCCCCCUUCCUCCAUCUGUUAAUGAUUCUAUUAUUUUAUUGAACUCAUGAAAUUGUGUUUGCUAAGCUUACCACUCUGUAUAUAACACCAGGCUGCCUGUUAAGUACACUCCAUUGUAUCUAUACCAUGUUAAUGCUAUGACCUGUUCAAAUGUGCUGCUUUUUUCCUCUUAUCAGGCUAUUGGCAUACACGUCUGAGUUACUAAAAAAAAUCAUGUAGUAUCAAAUUCUCAUUCCUACUAUUGAAAACCACUUGUGUUUAUUUGCCACCUGUAGGCUUUUAAAACUGGUUCAGUGUAUUUUAUUUUUUUAACGUCAGAUAUGGUCCCUACUGGGAGAAUGUUUUAAAUAUGUUAAGUAUAACAUGAUGUAAUUAAAAAAAUAUUAAUAAAAUGAAGUCUUUAAAAACAAGCAAAACAAA